CCUCUCUCCACAAACAGAAAGUGCUAAUAUUAAGAGAAUUCUAAGAGCAUUCUAAGCAAAAAGUGAAUUUUAAAAUAAAUUUUAGAAUCUGCUACUGGGUUGUUCUCAUUUUCAUAAACAAAUUGCUCCACAAUGUUGUCGAUUAACUGAAUGUUUAAAAAACGUUUUUACUUAAUUUUGUAAAAGGACUAAACAAGUUGUUAUGUUUAUGGUUGGACAUUUUACUCAAACUUACUUUAAAUAAAGAAAUAGAAUAGCGUACCAAAAAACUAUUGGAGAUAAUUACAGUUAAACGGACCACGAAAAAAUUGCACAUGGGUCUUUUUUCUGUGCUCUUUUAAUUUUUCAGGAUUUUUUUGCAAUUUAAAACUUUUAGUAUUCGCAUACAUUUAUUCCUUCAAUGUAUUGAGACUAGUGAUAAUUUGUAUUCAUUUUACUCCAUUUUUCAUCAUAAAUAAAUUUACAAAACGAUGUUCUGACAGUAAUUGAGAGAUAUGAAAUUAUAAGGAGCUUAGAAGAUGGAACAGACGAAGAGGUUGACAUAAAUUUAACUAUGAGAGAACUAAAAACGUAAAUACAGCUGAAGCGGUUUAAAAGCGCUCGAAAAAAAAAUUCUGAGAAAAACCAGAGAUUUUGUUCUAAAUUCUUUAAAGGAAAAGAUUAAACUGAUUAAAUAUUUUUCUGUUACCAAUUAGUUCAUUGUUCAUAGUACAUUAUUAUUGCUUUGUUGUAUUAAUUACAUAAUAAACAGUUUAACAAAAACUAAAUUCGAAUCAGUGUACUAUCUCUAUUUUAUGAAAACCUCUGGUUUUUUAGUUCACAUAAUGGAGAUGAUUCUGAUUAUUUAUUUAUACUUUAUAAAUUUUGUGCUCCCAGAGAAAAGGUCUGCUGUAUGCAUUAAUCCAUUUGAUUGCAUACAGGCGCUUAAUAAUAAUAAUAAUAAUAAUAAUAAUAAUAAUAAUAAUAAUAAUAAUAAUAAUUCGUACAGCCAUUGAUCUCUUCCGAGAUAUCGGCACCGUCAUAUCGAGCAUGUUAACUUUGUUAGUUAACAAAAUCAUCAAGUUUAUAAUAACAAUGCUCUAAUAAAUAUGAUUUUAACUUAGAUUUAAAUUGUGUCAGCGAAUUUAGCAAACGAAUGUCCUGCGGCAAAUUUCUGAAAAUCUGAACAGACUUAUAAUAAACACCAUUUUUAAAAAAAGAGGAGUUAUGUUCUGGAAUUCGGAUGUCUUUACAGAACCUUGUAACUUUAUUGAAACUUACAUCAUAUUUGUCUUUAUUUUUUUCAUAGAGAUGCUCAUUCUCUUUCACAAAUACUGCGAGACUGUAGAUAUACAUUGAUGUUAGAGGUAGAAUUCCAAGUGAUUUAAAAAAGGGCUUACAACUCUCAUGUGGUUUUUUGAAAAGCAUGCAUCGUAUGAUUCUUUUUUGCAACACAAAGGCUUCUUUUGAACUUGUAGAAGAGCCCCAAAAUAUUAAUCCAUACGAGAGAGUAGAGUGUACAUACGCAAAAUAAAACAUUUUUAAAGUAUCUAUACUUACACUAGUGCGCAAGUUACGAAUAAUGUAUGAAUAUUUGGCUAGUUUGCGACAUACAUAAUUACUAUGUGCGUUAAAUUUUAAAGCUUUAUCGAUGUAUAAGCCUAAAAACUUUACUUCAUCGGCCAACGGAACAGAUUUUGUACCAAGCUUAAUAUAGAUACUGGAUGACAUUGGGCCAUUUCUAUAUUGUACCACAAGAGUUUUGUUCAUAUUUAAUUCUAAAAACUGAGCCCCACAAUAUUUAUACAUUUUAGAAAUUGCGUCCGAAGCUUCCGCAGAAGUAGUGUGUAGGUCUUUACCUAUUGCUAUACAAGAUGUAUCAUCAGCAAAUUGACAGGCAGCGGCCCCAAUAUGGAUCCUUGAGGAACACCUUUUGAAAUGGUAAUUGGCUCGGACAACACAUUCAAGAUAGCGCCAUUACUGUUAUAAGUGAAACGAACUCUUUGAGACCUGUCGGAUAAAUAAGAUCGGAAAAGUUCUAAUGCAAUGCCUCUGACACCAAUAUUGAACAACUUGGUUAAUAAUAUUUCAUGAUCAAGUGUGUCAAAUGCUUUAGUAAGGUCAAAAUAAAUACCGAUGACUGAUUCCCCACGAUCUAAACAGUUUACAAUAUAAUUUAAUGUUUCAAAAAUUGCAGAAUUUGUAGAACGAUCUUUAAGAAACCCAUGCUGACAAUUGGAGAGAAAGUUGUUGGAUACGAGAUAGUUGUAAAGACGAUUGUACAAUAACCUUUCAAACACCUUAGAAAACGCUGGUAAAAGAGAUAUAGGACGGUAGUUGUUGAUAUCUGCUCUGGAUCCUUUACCUUUAUAAACAGGAACCACAAUAGCUUCCUUUAAAGAUUGCGGAAAUACGCCUGAACUAAAAGAGUUAUUAAUAGAAUUUGCCAAAAUCUCAGAAAUGUUUUGAUUAACAUCUGCCAAAAUAUUACAGGGAACAUUAUCAGAUCCAGAAGCUUUCUUUUUUGAUACACUUUUUAUAAUGGCUUCAACCUCUAGUAUAUUAGUUGGAAGAAGAAAAAAACUGGAAGAGCAAGAUGUACUAAAAGUAUUAUUAAAUUUAUUCUUCAGUAAACUAUCAUCACUGACAAUAAAGUGUCUAUUAAACAUAUUUGCCAAAAUUGUAGGAUCUUUUGUUAAGACGCCAGAACUAUUAUGUAAUUCUAUAUUACGAGUUUGUGUUGAUGAAGAACUAGAAGAUCUGAUAAUGUCCCAAGCCACUCUACUUUUAUUGUUACCAGCCUCAAUAAUCCUUUUAUCGUUAUAAUCAAUCUUUGCCUUAUUUAUCAGUUGUCUAUAUUCUUUCUUUUUUAUAUUAUAUAUAUUUUUUAAAGUUGAAUUAUUCGGGUUGCUACAAAUAAUAUGAAAUAAAUCUUUUAAUAAAAGUGACAUGCGUUUCAUUUGUUCUGUUACCCAAGAAGUUUUCUUCUUUAGAUUCCUUUUAACAGUGGUUUUCCUUAAAGGAAAGACAUUAUUAUAUUGCGCAUCAAAAAUUGAUUUUAAGCUUUCAAAGUCUAUAUCAGAGCUGGAGUUGCUAAAGAGAGCAUCUUGUUGUAAUGUUGAUACAAAUGAGUUACGAUUAUUUACAUUGAAGUUUCUGCGCAAGUAAGACAUGGAUUUUAUAUUAUUAAUUUCAAAACGGGUUACAAGUAAUUGUCCCAGAUGGUCGGAAACAUGUGAAUCAAUAAGAUGGCAUGAGUCUUUUGGAAGGUUAGUAAAGAUGUUAUCUAUACAAGUUGCACUAUUUACACUAACCCGAGUUGGUUCCAGAAUUUGCUUUACUAAAUUAAAGGAACUAAAGGUGUUUAUUAAAGAUAAGCUUGACGAAGAGGCAACGGAAAAAUCGACGUUAAAAUCACCACAUAUCACAAUAUUUAAAGAUUUCUUUUGAAGUUCUUCUAGCAAAUUAAUCUCAAGAACAAGAACGCAUUCGUGAAAUAAAUUGUGUCACACCUUGCACACCGGCUUAGCUCGGCCCUGUCUACACUUUUGUUCUUUCGACUGCCAUUUAGUGUUUUGUGAGUUCAUCUAAUAAUAAUUGCAGGUGUUCUCUCAUUUUUUUUGAGAUUGUUAUUUGCAAUUUAGAAAAAAAUGGAAAGAAUUUAGAAACAAACUUUUCUUUUUCCUAUUAUCGACGCAUACACAAUUUUUGGGGAAUUUAUGUUCUCAGAAAUACGCUUUUAUUAAUUAUUCCCAAUUUAGAGAUACCUGUUGUCUAUUUGAAAUUGUAAAUCGAGUUCUUAAAGCUACAAUAAAAUUUUGCGCAACAUUCACUUAAAAAAUGCAUCUUAAAUUAUUAAAAAUCGAGCUUAUUAAAAUAAUUGAAAAUGACCAAGUUCCCUCAUUCUCUAGACUCUUAUGGAUCAAUACCCAUAAGCCAACAGCAAUAACAAUAUUAACAAUAUCUAAUAAUAUUUUAAAUAAAAACGCUUGUGCUCGUGUUAUAUCCAUUAUCUUUCAAUCACACGUAGUUAUCUUAAUAAUCUGAAUUGCUCAAUAUUUAUUUUAAACUAAGUAUGUAUUAUCAAUUUUUUCUAAUCUGUAUCCACUGUAUGAGAGUUUUUUUCUAAAUAAUUUAUAGCCACAAACACAUGCCAUUUUAAUAGGUCAAAACAAUUUCCCAUUUAAACACUAACAACAAUGGCAAUACCUUAUUAUUUUCUAAAUUUUCAUUCUUAGAAUGAAGUAAAAAUGGUUACCCGUGUGGGCCCCAAAAAGGACCCCACUCUAUGUCUUAACGCUUGCAGAUAUUUGCGUGAAUAUUGUGAAACAUGUAACAUACAUGGCGUUCAUUAUUUAACUGAAAGAAGACCAAAAGCCGAAAAGAUAUUUUGGUUCCUCACACUGUUAUUAUCCAUAAGUGGCUGUAGUUUUAUGAUUCACGAAAUUUGGAUCAAGUACCAAAAAAAUCCGAUCGUUGUCAGUUUUGCAAACGAAGUCAAGUCUUUAUACGAAAUACCUUUUCCGGCAGUCACUGUCUGUCCGGAAUCAAAGUGUUCACAAUCGAAGUUUAAUUACAGCCGUGUUUAUGGAAAGUUGCUCAAUAAUGAAUCCCUUUCACACUUUGAAUCUCAUGCUUUUUUUUACUUACGAAUGGUUUGUAAGAAUUUGGGAAACGAAUUUCCCAACUUACUAGUGAAUAAAACGGUCGGUGACGAUUUUUUUCUACUUAUAGAGGAGGUAAAAUACAAAAUGAGGAAUAAAAAAAUAAUGACAAAAUGUUCAAGGCAGUUAAAGCCCAACAUCGAACUAAGUUGCUCGUUCUUGGAACAUUUUACCUGUGAUGAAAGUAGUUACACUCCAAUCAUUACAGAUGUAGGAAUCUGCUAUUCCAUGAACAUGUUGGAAAAAUCGGAAAUUUUCCGCCCCAAUGUAAUCUAUGACGAAAAGUUAAAUUUUACCAAGUCCAAUUAUUCCAGUGGAUUUGAUGGUGAAACUGGAUUUACAGAAAGUGCAGGAGUGCACAGUUAUCCUUACAGAGCUUUCAAAUCAGGUGUUGAUAACUCAUUAGACUUAGUGUUAGUUGAUCAAGUAGAUUAUGACGAAAAGUGUUCAGCUGUGCAAGGAUAUCGUUUGUUAAUUCAUAGGCCUCAAGAUAUUCCUCGAAUGUCGAAAAAUUAUAUCAGAGUGUCACACGAUAAGGAAACAACCGUCGCUAUAGAACCUGCACUCAUUUUAACAUCUCCCGAGGUGAAAAACAUUAAUCCAAAAAAACGAAGGUGUUACUUGAAAGGUGAAAAGGUUUUGAAGUAUUUUUUGGUCUACAGCCAGUCAAAUUGCCAACUGGAAUGUUACACGAAUUUUACCAUGAAAACAUGUGGAUGUGUGUUCUAUUUUAUGCCUAGGGAGGGCGAGACUCCUGUUUGUGGUGCUGGAAGUUAUAACUGCUUAGAACUCGUUAAAGUGCAAUUCAAACUCGAAGAAGUGAAAAUAAAGAGAUCAGAUCCGAGCGAAUAUGCAUGUGGUUGUAGGCCGUCUUGUAAUAAUUUACAUUACAAUGUGGAAGUGUCUCAGACAGAUGUUUCAUAUCAAACAUUUUCAGAGAAUGUUGAUAGAAAUGCCAGUGAAAAACGAAGAUAUGCACAAGUAAAAAUUUACUUCAAACACGACGAAUUUAUGUCACUUGAACGAAAAGAACUCUACGGUGUGUCUGAUUUAAUAUCAAAUUUUGGUGGACUUUUAGGAUUGUUCACGGGAUUUUCCUUAAUUUCAGCAGUUGAGUUGAUUUAUUUCUUGACUUUGAGACCUUACUGCAACUGCAAAGUUUUUGGCCGAUGGUGGGGUUCCCCUAAAUGAUCGCUUAUUUAUAUUUACUUCAGAAUUUUUCUACUUCAUUUUUGCACUUUUCUUCUAAAAUGUGUUACAUGUAAAUACGCAAUUUAAAACUCGAUUUAAUAUUGUGCAAUACGAAUGAUCAAAAGAAAGUCUGAAAAGAAUAGGACUUGCUAUUGAUUACUUUAGAAAAACACUACGCGUUUCAAAUAAAGGUUUGGUGUGUCGGGUUUUUUAGCUUUGUUUUAUUUAUUUUCCACGCCAAGAAAAUACAACAAGAAGUAAAACAAAGUUUUACUUUCUACGAAAGUGUGUUUCAAGGGAAUUUCUGGACUGAAUAAGUUAGAUUCUCACUCAAAAAUAAGCUGACUCUAAAUAAAUCAAAAGUUGAUCAUUUUUUGAUAACUUUUUUUGACGCAAUGUCGCAAAGCAAAUUAGUUUUUAGCUUUUCUAUUCGUACCUAAUUAGAGCGAGUUUUGGUGUGUGUCAACAAAUUUCAGCAAAGAAAUUUUUUUUUCUUCUUUUGACGAAACUUCGCAAAAUUAGUUUUUAGCUCAAGAUUACGGAAUUCUCUUCGUAAUUAGAAGAUCUUUGGGGUGAUUCACUAAAAUUUCGGAAAAGAAGUAGUUUCUAAUACUUUCGGCUGACUUUUAUAAAAAACAUUGUACUGCAAAU